AUGGCAACACAACUACUACUGAUCUUCCUUUCCCUAGCCAUCUUCCUAUGGCACUGCCUACUCAGAAACAAGCACUCACCAGUCUACCAAUGGCCAUUCCUGGGGAUGCUCCCUGGCUUCCUCUUCAGCUUCUACGACUCCACAAUCCACGACUUGUAUACCCGAGCCUUGAGGCGAACCGGGGGAACGUUCCUUCUAAAGGGACCCAUUUUCAUCAACGCCGACUUCAUGGUCACGUGCGAUCCCGCCAACAUCAACCACAUCUUCAACAAGAACGCCGCCAACUACGAGAAGGGUCGGGACUUCAAGACCAUAAUGGAGCCUCUGGGCGACGGGAUCUUUAAUGUCGAUGGCGAGUCGUGGAAGUUCCAGAGGAGGCUCCUCCAUUCCUUGUUGAACAACUCCGAGUUCGAGUGUCACGCCAUGCAGAUCCUCACAGAGAAAAUGAGGAGCACUCUUCUGCCGAUCCUCGACAGAGCCGAGGUAGUGGACCUACAGGACGUGUUUAAGAGGUUCAUGUUUGACAACAUGUGCCUAUUGAUGAAGAAGCAAGAAUUUGCAACGAAACACUACGUCGACAAUGAUGAGCAGACAAAAAACAAGACGGAUUUGCUGACACAAUUUUUGGUCAUGAAAGACGAGGAUGGCAACUGUGACGGGAAGAUCAUUGAUAAAACAUCCGACAAGUUCCUGAGGGACAAUAUGUUAACCUUACUUGUAGCCGGGAGGGAUACCAUCUCUGCGGGCCUUACAUGGUUGAUAUGGUGUGUGGCGAACCACCCCACUGUCGAAAAAAGGAUUCUAGAAGAGUUGAGACAAGUAAUCGCAGUGCGACCACCAGAGCAAGUUAACGGCGACGAAGGAGGGUUUCUGAGAAGCAACGAGUUGAAUAAACUUGUGUAUCUCCAUGCAACUGUUUGCGAGACACUAAAGGUUGUAUCCACCAGUCCCAUACGAGCACAAGAUUGCAUGGAGUUCAAACCGGAGAGGUGGAUUUCGGAGAGAGGGACAAUACUGCAUGUCCCAACUUACAAGUUCAUGACCUUCUUGGCUGGGGCAAGAACCUGUUUGGGCAAGACCAUGUCUUUCAUGCAAAUCAAAUCCAUGGCCAGUGCUCUCCUGUGGAAGUACAAGUUUGAACUCACUGAUAAUAAUCCCUCCGCUAGGACUACGGUUGGGAUGGUCUUGUAUAUGAAAGAUGGGCUAAAGGCAAGAGUCUCUAGAAGAGAUCACUGA